ACCGAGCUGAGUUUAAUCCGCGUUCCGUCUGUCCGUGGUCGCAGAAAAGUCUGUUCGUCCGUGUGGGCGCAAGGUGGAGUUUUGCACACACAAACGUUAUUCUUUAUUUCAACAAUGUCCGCGAAAUGAAAACUUGUAUCGUGUCGUUUUAAGUUGCAAAAGUUAGUUUUCGAAGAUUUGAAAUUUGCACUUCAUGUGUCCGGUCGUUUCGUGUGAUUGUAAUUAUCAAUGAUUUUGUGAUAUUCGACCGCAACGCAGCUUUAUCGUCAUUGGGUUUUGAAGAUUGCGAAAGAUGAUAGAUAGUUUGAGUUAGUUGGUUCUGCGUGGCGACAGCGACGAUGCAAAUGGGUGACGGAUAUAAGCAGCAAAUUGAAACACAUGAAAAUGAAUGAAAUAUCGAAUUUCAAGCUGUAGCUUGUAUACUUAGCAUAGUGAUGGCACAGCAGUGUGCAAAAAGGAAGUGAGUGAGAAAAGAGAGUUAAGUGAAACAAUGAGCACUACAAUCACUAGCAAAAUGAAGAAAAGUGAAAAUAUUUUAAAUGCAAUUGGUAAACUUGAUCAUAUUUGCGAGCAAAUUGUGUGCAGCUAGCUAAAAUCUUCGACGUAAAUAGUGAAUCCCUUUUUGUGUGUCAUUUGUAUAAGCACAAGUUUUCCCCUAUUUGCCAUAAGCAUAUCGCUAUGCAAGUGCUACAAGGUGUAUAGCACCGUAUUCUUUACGACCAUUCUCCGAAAUCUGUAUUUUAUGAUCACAGAAGUCAUAGAUGGGAAGGAAAGUGGAAGUAUAGAAAACAAAAAGGAGAAAAAUCAUUCCACCGCUUAUACACACAUCUAUACAGUCAUCUAUAUAUAGAAACUUAUAAACAUGUAUUCUGCUGCUGCCAUAUUUGGAUAUAAAAUAUCAUGCAUCUCGCUCACGCUAGCAUUGAUUUCAACUUUGAUACAGAUUUGUAGCGGUGCCGACCUUGUGAUAGAAAUUCCCGGAAAUCUCGGCCUAGAUGAUUCGUACUAUCGUCUCGAUUACUAUCCACCGGUGGGUAACCCAGCGCCAAAUGCAACAAUUGCAUCGCGAGACGUCGGUGACGAGAUACAAUUCUCUAACGGACAGCCGGGUACGCGAUACAACUUUUGGUUGUACUACACUAACUCGACUCACCACGAUUGGCUCACGUGGACCGUGUCGAUAACAACCGCCCCGGAUCCACCAUCGAAUCUGUCCGUGGCGGUUCGCUCGGGCAAAAGUGCCAUCAUAAGUUGGAGCCCACCGUCACUGGGCAACUAUUCGGCAUUCAAGCUGAAAAUCCUUGGACUGUCGGAUAAUUUUGCCACCAAUCAAACGAUUGCCGUCGAGGACAAUCAGUUUCAGCAUGUGCUGCGAGAUCUUACGCCGGGCGCAACCUAUCAGGUGCAAGCUUAUACCGUUUUCGAUGGAAAAGAAUCGGUUGCGUACACCAGCCGAAACUUCACUACUAAACCUAAUACUCCGGGAAAGUUCAUCGUAUGGUUCCGUAAUGAAACCACAUUGCUGGUGCUGUGGCAACCACCAUAUCCUGCCGGGAUUUACACUCAUUACAAGGUAUCGAUCGAACCCCCAGAUGCGCUCGGUAGCGUACUCUACGUUCAGAAGGAAGGUGAACCACCGGGUCCAGCACAGGCAGCUUUCAAGGGGCUUGUGCCCGGUCGAGCAUACAACAUAUCCGUGCAAACGAUGUCCGAGGAUGAAAUCUCACUGCCUACAACCGCACAAUACCGAACGGUUCCGCUUCGACCUAUGAAUGUAACAUUCGACAAAAAGGCAAUAACGGAGAACUCCUUCAAAGUAAUGUGGGAAGCCCCUAAGACCAUCAGUGAAUUCGAUAAAUAUCAAGUUUCCAUUUCCGCAACUCGGCGCCAGCAAUCGGUUACACGCGAUGAUAAUGAGAGUAUGGCGUGGCUAGAGUUCAAAGAUAAUCUAGAACCCGGCAAAACUUAUCAAGUAGUUGUUAAAACUGUGUCGGGAAAAGUAACCUCCUGGCCAGCAUCCGGAGAGGUAACACUCAGACCACUACCGGUGAAGAAUCUAUACUCCUUCACUGACAGCAAAACCGGAGUUGUCACUAUAUCAUGGGCCCCUGAUGAGGCUAGCACUCAGGAUGAAUAUAGAGUUAGCUAUCAUGAGCUUGAAACGAACAAUGGAGAUGCGAGUACGAUGAACACGGACAAAACAAGCUUUGCGCUGGAAUCGCUGCUACCAGGUCGUAAUUAUUCCGUUACUGUGCAAGCCAUCUCGAAAAAGAUGGAAUCUAACGAAACGGUGAUAUUUGUCGUCACAAGACCAUCAUCACCUAUAAUUGAAGAUCUGAAAUCGAUCCGCGAAGGGUUGAACAUCAGCUGGAAGAGUGACGUCAACUCGCGUCAGGAAAAGUAUGAAGUUACAUACACCCGCAACGAUACCAACGAUGGAAAAACAGUACUUACCACCGAAUCUAGAUUAGUGUUUACAAACCUAUAUCCCGGAGCUGGGUACGAGGUUAAAGUUUUCGCCGUCAGCCAUGGACUGCGCAGCGAGCCGCAUUCGUACUUCCAAGCAGUUUAUCCAAACCCACCGCGUGAUAUGACAAUCGAAAAGGUUACCAGCAACUCGGUCCUGGUACGUUGGAAGGCACCAGAACGUUCCGAAUUUACUGAGUACUCAAUCCGAUAUCGCACUGAAAGUGAAAAACAAUGGAUCAGGUUGCCAUCGGUAAAAACUACAGAUGCAGACGUAACAGAUAUGACGCCAGGUGAAAAGUACACUAUUCAGGUAAACACCGUCAGUUACGGUGUAGAAUCGCCAAACCCCCAGCAAGUCAAUCAAACUGUUCGACCGAAUCCUGUAUCGAACAUUGCUCCACUGGUUGACUCCAACAAUAUUACCCUCGAAUGGCCACGACCAGAAGGACGCGUGGAAACUUACAUCAUUCAUUGGUGGCCUACGGAGUUUCCGGAUCAAGUGUUCAGUAACAACGUAUCGGAAAUCAACACAAUCUUUCCUUAUCCAGGUAGUGGCCUGAACGAAGACGAGAAGCUAAUCGAAGAACCACCUACCGUACGAAUCCUCAUAGGAGACCUAAUGUCAGGUGUUAUGUAUAACUUCAAGAUUCAAACAGUAUCAUACGGUCUAACGAGUGAUGUCACCAAAUUGCAAACUCGCACAAUGCCGCUCAUACAAUCAGAAGUACUAAUCGUCAAUAACGUGCAGAUGCGUGACACUGUUACGCUGAGUUUCACACCUACCCCACAGCAAUCAUCGAAAUUCGAUCUGUAUCGAUUUUCUCUCGGUGAUGUUAACAUUCCUGACAAGGAAAAGCUUGCCAACGAUACGGAUCGGAAAGUAACGUUUACUGGUCUAAUACCGGGACGUCUCUACAACAUUACGGUUUGGACGGUAAGUGGUGGAGUGGCAAGUCAACCGAUUCAAAGACAAGAUCGAAUGUACCCAGAUCCAAUCACCGAACUGAACGCCAGUAACAUCACCGACACCGAUAUAGUUUUAAAAUGGGAUAUUCCAAAAGGCGAAUACAAUGCAUUCGAAAUCCAAUACCUCAAGAAUGAUUCCCACUACGUGCAGAAUCUCACUGUUAAUAAUCACAUCACAAUCACCGAUCUUAAACCACAUCGCAACUACACAUUUACGGUAGUCGUCCGUUCCGGAACCGAGUCAAACGUAUUACGAAGUAGUCUUCCAGUUUCUGCUAAUUUCCAGACCAAAGAAUCUGUUCCGGGACGCGUUGAUAAGUUUGCACCAGUAGACAUUCAACCCAGCGAAAUAACAUUCGAAUGGUCUCUUCCAUCGAAUGAACAGAAUGGAAUUAUUAGACAAUUUACUAUCACAUACGGAUUAGACGGAUCACAACACACGCAAGCAAAAGACUUUAAGCCAUCCGAACUGCGUGGCACAAUCAAAACAUUACUACCAGGAAAAACAUACAUUUUCCGUAUUCAAGCUAAAACUGCUAUCGGAUACGGUCCGGAACAAAUGUGGAAACAGAAAAUGCCCAUCCUGGCACCUCCAAAACCUGAAACGCAGGUCGUUCCCACAGAAGUUGGUAGUAGCGCUUCGACCAUCGAAAUUCGAUUCCGCAAACACUACUUCAGUGAUCAAAAUGGUGUAGUUACCACUUACACGAUUAUCAUCGCUGAAGACGACAGUAAAAAUGCAUCCGGUCUCGAAAUGCCUAGUUGGUACGAUGUUCAAUCCUACAGCGUGUGGCCCCCUUAUCAGGUUAUCGAGCCAUAUUAUCCUUUCAAAAACAGCUCGGUAGAAGAUUUUACGAUCGGAACAGAAAACUGCGAUACCCGCAAGUCGGGAUACUGCAAUGGACCGCUCAAAUCCGGCACAACAUACAAAGUUAAGGUUCGAGCUUUUACAGCGCCUGACAAGUUUACCGAUACAGCGUACAGUUAUUCUAUUCGAACAGCACAAGACAACACAUCGCUAAUCGUGUCAAUAACUGUCCCGCUUUUCAUCAUCCUUCUGCUGGUGGGUACAUUGCUGUUUUUGCGCCGCCGACGUCAUACGGGGCGCAAGAAAACCACCGAGCAACGAGCAAAUGACAAUAUGUCGCUACCAGAUAGCACAAUGGAAACAAGCCGUCCAGUACUGGUGAAGAAUUUCGCCGAACAUUACCGGCUCAUGGCAGCCGAUUCUGAUUUUAGAUUUAGCGAAGAAUUCGAAGAACUCAAACAUGUGGGCCGGGACCAACCAUGCACAUUUGCCGAUUUACCGUGCAAUAGACCUAAGAACCGUUUCACCAAUAUUUUACCAUAUGACCACUCUAGAUUUAAAUUACAACCGGUUGACGACGAGGAGGGUUCUGACUACAUUAACGCUAAUUACGUUCCGGGUCAUAACUCUCCUAGAGAGUUCAUCGUUACACAAGGGCCCCUGCACUCAACACGAGACGAUUUCUGGCGCAUGUGUUGGGAAAGCAACUCACGGGCGAUCGUUAUGUUAACACGCACCUUUGAAAAGGGCCGCGAGAAAUGUGACCAUUAUUGGCCGCAUGACACCGUGCCAGUGUACUACGGUGAUAUCAAAGUUACUCUGCUGAAUGAUAGUCACUAUCCCGAUUGGGUCAUCACAGAGUUCAUGAUGACUAGAGGUGACACGCAGCGCAUCAUUCGUCACUUCCAUUUCACCACAUGGCCGGACUUCGGUGUGCCAAACCCUCCUCAAACACUCGCACGCUUCGUACGGGCUUUCCGCGAACGUGUUGGACCCGACCAGCGGCCAAUCGUAGUACACUGUAGUGCUGGAGUCGGUCGCUCCGGAACCUUCAUUACACUCGAUAGAAUACUUCAACAAAUACAGGUAUCGGAUUUUGUCGAUAUCUUUGGCAUUGUAUGGGCAAUGCGAAAAGAGCGUGUUUGGAUGGUGCAAACUGAGCAGCAAUACAUUUGCAUUCAUCAAUGUUUGCUGGUGGUAUUAGAGGGUAAGGAAGGAACUGAGCGCGAAAUCCAUGACAAUCAGGGAUACGAAGAGCCAGGUGAACAAGAAGAUGUCGCAGAAGAUCGGCAACUAAUAGAAGCUGAUCGAAACGAAGAAGGUGUCGUUUAUGACGACCAGAACUUGAUCGACAACAGUGCAGAUAACAACAACGAACAGAACGACAGUGCACAGGUCGAUUCAGAUCAAAAUAAUAGCAGGACUGAUAUUGCCAAAACAAAUGAAAUCCAUUGCCAAGAAGCAGAAGUGAUAGCCGUUGAAGUACAAGCACACGAUAGAAGUAAUAGUAAAGAGCAGCUACCGACAGUCGAUGAUAAAACUGAUCAGGAGCAGGAUGCGAGCCAAACUGGCAGUGGCCAUUUAAUAGAAACUGUCGAAUGCAAACCAGAAGGUAUUACCAAUAGUAGCAAUGACCAGCAGUCAAUUGGAAAUAAGCUUUGGAAAGAGGAAAGAUGACAGUUAGAAAAUGAUAGCGAUAACAGGAGUAGUGGUCGAAGUAGUAUUGUUAUUGCUAUCAAUGAAGAUAGUCAUGCAAACAGUGCACACAUCAUUCGUAUUGACGGCGAUGAUGCGGAAGAUCGUAAAGAUGAUGAAACGGAAAUCGAUGUUGGAAUUGAUUCCGACGAGGAAGAGGAGGACGAUUCCAACGAGCAGAGGGAGCUGCUACUGCACAAAAAUGAAAGAAACAAUCUCAGCACAGAAACGGGCGGUGAACGUUUUCGAUACAAGCACAAUUUUGUAGAAGAUGAAGAAGAUGAGCAGGACGAUGAUAUCAUUGUUAUCGUCGACGAAGAUAGCAAUCUCUGUGGUGGUGGUGUAAGCGAUGAGCUUUACCUAAAGCUUAGAGAAAUGGAUGACGAAGGCAUCGCCGAAUCGGGAAUGUAACGACCGGACAAUACAGUUGCCACCAUCCAAGAUGUGACACACCAUCACAUUUCUUAGUCAAAGAAUCUUAACAACACUCAUCGUUAAAAAAAUUCAGUCGUAGACAGAACAAACAAGUACACAAAAUUCAAAUUAGCAUAUUCUCAUCGAAAGUUUGGAAAAACAUACCUAAAGUCUCGGAUUGUAAAUAUCAGAAAAAAAAACUCUUGCUUUUCCGUAGAAAAAACGAAAUGUUGUCAAUGUACUAGUACGCAUUCUACCUUUUAAAUGUCGAUAUAUGAAACGUACAUGCGCUACAUAAUUGUAUGUAACUAAAAUUUUACGUUCUUGACGUAAUCGAAAAUCAAAUCAGUAAAACGAAACGCAGAAAAUGUGAAUUUUAUUGUAUUUAUGCAUGUGCAAUGGACACUCAAACCAACCUCUUUUAACUCUUUUUUGUUGUACAUAAUGUAAGAAGUAUCAUGGCAAAUUUUAGUUAUGCAAUAUUUUAAAUCUUACAAUAAAAACAAAAUAUCAUAU